CCCGUCGUGAACGACUGCUAGGUCCUGCCAUAGCUUCUCAUUCCCAUAGUAUCUAACACAUACCUUGCACAGGUCUCGUUCGUCAAGAUGUUGCCUACGGCGAGACCAUGGACAUCCAUGACGCCGCUCCAAUCGCUCGUCGAGCGAGCGACGGAUCCCAUGACACAUGAGCCCAACUAUGCGGUCAAUCUAGAGCUGGCCGAACUGGUGAACACGAAAAAGGCGAACACACCUCGGGAUGCUGCUAUGGAAACCGUUCGAAAAAUCAACGACCGGAAUCCGCAUUGUGCCUUGCUCGGACUGCAUCUCCUGGAUACGCUGGUCAAGCAAUGCGGAUAUCCUUUCCACCUCCAGGUAUCCACCAAAGAGUUUUUGAACGAGCUCGUCCGUCGUUUCCCUGAACGGCCACCUGCGAUGAUGGGCCCGGUCAUGUCGAAAACGCUCGAGCUCAUCCACGAGUGGAAGAAUACGAUCUGCGUGACGUCAAAGCACAAGGAAGACCUGGUUCAUAUUCGGGACAUGCACCGAUUGCUCUCGUAUAAGGGCUAUCGAUUCAAACCUUUCGAUGCGACCCGGGCGAUGGCAUCAGCUAAUCCUACCGAGAAUCUGAAAUCUCCGGACGAGCUAGAGGAAGAGGAUCGAGCAGCAAAGUCUGCUAAACUGCAAGAGCUCAUCCGAAGAGGGAGCCCGCGAGACUUGGCUCAAGCUCAGGAGCUGAUGAAGCAACUCUCUGGAGCAGAACCCGAAAAGCAGCCCGACUAUGAGGCACAGACCAAGAACGAGCUGGAAAAGGUGCAGCAAAAGGCCAUCUUGCUCAACGACAUGCUGAACAACGUGGAUCAAAGUGAACGGAUCGGAAUCGAGGGGGAUGCAUACGAUCAAGUCGCGCAGGUGUGCAAGAUGGCUCGUCCAAAGAUCCAAAAAUGGAUAGGAGACGCUGGAGAAGACAACGCUGAGCUGAUGGAUCGUUUGCUGCUCAUUAACGACCUGAUCAACAACGUACUCGAUCGGUAUCAGGCCAUCAAGACUGGUGAUUGGGCAAAAGCUCAGGAGAUAGAUGCCACCCUUAACCCCCAGAACAAGCCUCCAGACCUCAUCUCCUUUGAUGUCUUUGGGGAUGACAGUAAUCUCAACGCGCUCAGCCCGGAUACCCCUGGCGCCUAUACUCCGGAGCCGACUGCCUCAUCGGCUCCUGGAGGACUCCCGCUCGACCUAUUCUCGUCAUUCGCCUCUUCUGGACCUUCCGCCGCCCCUGCGAAAGCAAAACAGGACCCCAUGGCCUUUUUCAAUACGCCCCAGCCUUUGCAACAGCAAUCGUCUGGCUUCCAACAAGCGCCUCUCGGUAGUUACGGGAUGCCUUCGAUGCAACAGCCUGUGCAGCAGCAAUCGGGUCCUAACAGCAUGUUCGCUGGGCUCGACUUUAGUAAUUCUUCAACUGCAGCUUCUGGCAGCUCCACACCAGGCAACGGUUUUGGGGUCGGUAUAUCUCUGCCGCUAACGCCUUCGAAUAUGGGAGGAGUGCAGGGCAACAAUGGGACGAGGCAGCCGGUCGGUCAGCCGCAGCAGCAGACUCAACCUGCCGCCAAGAAGGACCCAUUUGCGGAUUUGGCCAACUGGUAGAUCCCUGGUCCGAGACCAGCUUUCCCAAGCCCCUAUGGAGCUGUCAGAUGCACUUGUGUAUGUAUUACGACGAUCUUGUAUCGGUCGAUCCGCAUGUAGAGAAGGGACGAGGUAUAUAUCCUGAAUUGCUUCCA